CCUCUCCUCUCGGCUGCUCUUCAGAAAAUCGGGCAAUGCUCAAACUGGAAACACAGCCCGUACACAACGUUCCGGGAAAAAAAAGUUCCUAUCAAGAACCUCCUGUCGCCAUAGGAACAGAGCCAAAGCGCCUGACACUAGAAAACACCACCAUCUAGUGGCCGAAUGGGCAAACUGCAAUAAUCUUAUCCAGAUUUGGUCCUUGGUCAUGGAUUCCUGUCAUGGGUUCGAAGUUGGGGCUGAAGUGGAAUUUAUAGAAGGCUCCGUAGUCCUGGAGGACUCCUCUACAAUAACAGUGGAGAACAAGCAGGACUUGCCAGCGUGGCAUCAUGUUCAUUACAUUGAUGAGUCAAGUAGCGAUGAAAGCCUGGGCCACCCAUCUGAGGUCAAGACCGUAACUAAAGACCAAUCGGAGAUGAAGGCGCCCGCUAUCCCUGAAGGUCUGUACACUGGAUCGCCGCUUCACAUUAUACAGAAUAAUGACGAGUCUGUGGUAUGGGACGACCUAUAUAAUAGUGAACAUCAGGAUCAAACUUGUCCCAUGGAAGAAACUGAGAUUUCACAUACGGAAAUUAUAUCAGCCGCGAAUACCAGUCCUUCUCCCACCGAGCCUGCCGAGCUGUAUUCAGAGACCAUUUUGACCCAAGAAGAGGAGGAAGUGGAGCUUUUGGGAAAGUACAGCUACUAUAAUGCAAAGACCCAGUGUGCGGGGACAGUAAAGCCAUGGAUACGGAGCCAUAAAUGUGAAAAGUGUGGACGCCAGUUUGGACGAAUGUACAACCUAGAGAGGCAUAUGUGCAUCAAGAAGGCCCUGACCAAGGUUAACAUGGAUCAUAUGGUGUUUAGUAACCUGUCAGAUAUGGGGGAUUCAGAUAAUAGAUGUGAACAAAGUGAAGAGUCUAUGAAUAGAUUGGAGAAAAUGUGUGCGGAGGCUCAGAAGGAGCUUCACAACCUGCAGGGACUGUACAAGAGGGAAGACGAGAAGCCUCUACUCGGUAUUUCGGUGGAAAGUCGGGCAACACCUACUCCUAUAUACAGACCACUCCUUGACGGUCAAGGAUUCAGGUAUAGACGUCCUUUUACCUGUGAACGCUGUGGGCGCAGGUUUAGGAACAAAUUCAAUUUAGGGUUUCAUGUCUGCUGCGGUGACAAAAAUAUGAGCGCCCCUCAAAACACCAUUGUUAUUAAACCGGAAAAUUCCAUAGCCACAAACCUUCUUGGUCAGUCAGAUCAGACUAACUCAAACCUGGAGAAACCUCCUGGAAAAAGCAAGGUCCCCGAGGGCACCGAAAUCUUCAAAUGCCAACUUUGCGGGAAAGAGUACACCAAACAAGCCUACUAUAGGAGCCACAUGCGAUGGCACAUGAAGGAGAGAGAUCUGAUCUGCUCUGUGAAUAAGUCCAUUUCAGCGGACAAUGUCGACCAUCUCUUAACCAACAUCGAUAUGACCUCUAUAGGGUUAAAAAAGAAAAGUGGACCAACAUUUACCUGCCAGGAAUGUGGCAGAAUCUUUAAUAAACAAUGUUCGUUCUCCACCCACACCCUGUGGCAUCAUAAAAGAAAUAAUGCUGCGUCGGAGCCAUCUGUAAGCCAAGUAGUGGAGGGUCAAGAGAUGAAGACGCAGGAAGCCCAAGUCCCCUCGAUAUCUGCUCAACAUAAGGAUAGUGAUGGGACAAAGGCCGUCCCUGAUACUUUCAAUUGCCCCGAAUGUGGGAGAGUGUUUUUUAAGCGGAUCGCCUACGCCAACCAUAGUCGUUGGCAUGUAAAAGAGCGAGAGCUUGCGCUUAGUGUUAAAGCUGCGACCCAGGCCAACGCUAUUGGGCAUCAACUUAAUUCGUCUCAAGGGGGCAGUAGUGAAGAUAGAGCUCAAAGUUACAGCAACCUGGUCAAACAUGUCAACUUGGGAGAGCGACAAAGCUUUUAUAUAGAAGAAGGGACCGUAGAUAAUUCGGCAGUGGAAUCAGGCCAAAGCAGGGCCUCUACAGCAGUACCAGAAUUUGUCUGGGAGCUAGAAGUGGGGACGGAAAGUGUCCAUGAAGACUUAGUAAGCAAAGCUUCUGAAGUUUCAGAGACUGUAGGGGACGUAGAGGAGACAACGACCAGGACUCAAACCGGUCCCUUAACCUCCCCGACCGAGGAAACCAAUGAGAGACCUGCUCCGCUUUCUCGGGUCUUACCCUACAAACUGCUGGGUCGCCAAUUAAAAAGACCGAGGCCACCAUAUAGAUGUCGGGACUGUGGCACAUGCUUUUCCGGGUCCUGGAAGUUGAAAAGCCAUCAAUACAAGAGCAAAGUGCUGAGGUCCAGGUGUAAGAAGCACCGGUGUGAUUGUGGACGAUCGGUGCUGGGUUCGUUGCAUUACCUGCGCCACCAGUUGGGGCACCUGAGUGACACGGCUUUCAUCUGUGCCGUGUGUGGACAGGUGUUGAGAGGGUACCAGAAACUUCGAGCCCACAGCUGGGUGCACCCGCUGGUAUCCCAGUUCCAGUGCAAAUGUGGGGCACGGUUUACCCAAUUGCCAAAGUAUCUCUGGCACUCCUUGUUAAAUAAGACGGCAGAACGAGGAAGACGCAAACAGAAGAGCCAUCCUAAAAGAUUAGGAGAUGUGUGCACCUAGAGACUCCUAUAUACAAAUAUGUCUACCAGUGCGUGUGGUGCCUUUAAUACCACAAUGUGCUGAAUGAAUUUAUGAUAUCAUGGAGGGACUGAGACAUUUUUGAAUGUGAAUUAUACAUUAACCAGAUUAAAAUCCUAAACUCGCAGACUGUGCAUGAAUGAAAUCCAUACUUGAAUA